AUGGCCAUUCCUGGAGUACUCAUGCGUCUUUCUGACAAUGUCUCCCCCAUCGAGGUCCCAAAUAUCGAGGGCAAGUACAAAUUAAGAGCCGACGACAACAAAACACCCGCGCAUAACACGGUCUACUUUCUCAGCGACAUCUCGCCGCUUCUCUCGUCAAAAGAGCAUUAUGACGCCGACACAGCUGCCCACCCUAAUACUUCGUGGGUAAUCUGUGCUUUUAUUAAUGGCCGGGACAGAGGCAGUGCGGACGAGCUGCAGACCAACCCUCACCUUCUGCCCACGCCUCCAGCACAAGGAUCCGUCCUCGUGAUCAACGGUUCUACUCCCCGCUCAGACAAAGAGGCAGACUAUCACGCGUGGUAUGAUCAGGAGCAUGGCGCCAAGCUGACUCAAGUGCCUGGCUGGCAAGCGGCGAGACGGUACUCCCUAGCCAAGGUCUACGGGGUGGCCGAAACGGCGAACUUCUACGGGUUCAAUUUCUAUGAUGAGGAAAAUGGCCUCGGAGGGCCAGAAUGGCAGGCUGGUGUGACGGAAUGGACGCUGCGCAUUAGAAGUAACGCUGCUAAGCCUAAUAUCCGGAGGGUGUGGAAGGUGGAGGGAACACAGUGA